GGGACCCCCAGCACAAAUUAUCAAAUGCCCCCAAAACCCUAAAACCCUAAAAUCUAAAUCGAACUCCUCCUCGAAGCAGGCAGCUGAAACUACUAGCUGGACGGAGCUCGCGAGAGAGAGCAAAGAUGGAAGAUGCCAUGGACAUGGAAGUGGAAGUGGAAGUGGAAGCGGAAGAACACUCUCCUUCCAGCUCGAAUCCGAGCGGCUCUUCCUUCCGCAGAUUCGGGCUCAAGAACUCGAUCCAGACCAACUUCGGCAGCGACUACGUCUUCGAAAUUACUCCCAAGUUUGAUUGGUCGCUGAUGGGGGUAUCGUUGUCGUCCAACGCGGUGAAGCUGUAUUCCCCAACGACGGGUCAGUACUGCGGAGAGUGCAGGGGGCACUCCGAUACCGUCAAUGGCAUUUCGUUCUCAGGACCGUCGAGUCCCCACGUCUUGCACUCUUGCUCUUCCGAUGGCACCAUCCGAGCUUGGGACACCAGGUCUUUUAAAGAGGUUUCUUGCAUAAGUGCCGGGCCAUCGCAGGAGAUCUUCAGCUUUUCGUUCGGCGGUUCAAGUGACAGUCUUCUUUCUGCUGGAUGUAAAUCUCAGAUACUCUUUUGGGAUUGGAGAAACAAAAAGCAGGUUGCAUGUUUAGAAGAUUCUCAUGUGGAUGAUGUUACCCAGGUUUGCUUUGUCCCUCACCAUCAAAAUAAGCUUAUUUCAGCUUCAGUGGAUGGGCUGAUAUGUAUAUUUGAUACGGCUGGAGACAUCAAUGAUGAUGAGCAUAUGGAAUCGGUGAUUAAUGUGGGAACUUCAAUUGGCAAAGUGGGGAUAUUUGGACAGACAUUUGAAAAGCUCUGGUGUUUGACACAUAUUGAGACCUUAAGUGUUUGGGACUGGAAAGAGGGAACAAAUGAAGCCAACUUUGAAGAUGCCCGAAAAUUAGCAUCUGAUAGCUGGUCACUAGAUCAUAUUGAUUAUUUUGUUGACUGUCACUCAGCUGAAGAAGGUGAAGGUUUGUGGGUGAUUGGUGGCACAAAUGCCGGGACUUUAGGAUACUUCCCUGUAAAGUACAAGGGAGGGGCAGCAAUAGGAUCCCCAGAGGCCGUUCUUGGAGGUGGCCACUCGGAUGUGGUUAGGAGCGUUUUGCCUAUGUCGGGCAUGGCAGGGACAACUUCCAAAACCCGAGGCAUUUUUGGAUGGACGGGUGGCGAGGAUGGUCGCUUGUGUUGCUGGCUUUCUGAUGACUCUUCCGCUACAAGCCGAUCGUGGAUGUCAAGCAAUCUGGUCUUGAAGUCAUCGAGAAGUCACCACAAGAAAAAUAGGCACCGACCUUACUAGUUUUUUUGUCAGAUUUGCUUGUUUUAUUUCCAUGUAUCAAGCCGCAUCAAUGUUUGUCGCUGCAAUUAACAUGUGUGCAGUCGACCCGUAUUUGAUUGAUUUUUUGUAAUACAUUACACAGCGACCCGUGUUCUGUAUUAUAUUUCCCCCAUCAUUCUAUUACCUUUUAGCAGGA